AUGGUUCUAAUGCAGACGGCAAUUACAGAUAUUAAAAAUCCAAAUACCUCUGCAACACAGUCUGUUAGACUUUUGUUGGACUCUGGAUCUCAUCGGACAUAUAUAACUGAAAACUUAGCAAGAAAUUUACAUCUCAAAGUAACGGGAGAACAGGAAAUAAAACUUGUAACGUUUGGUAAUAAUAGUACGCAAUGCAUCAAAACAAAAUGUGCUGACAUUGAUGUUAAACUGAAAAAUGGUGAAUACCAUUCAGUCAGUGUGAACAUAGUUCCGACAAUAAGUGGCAAUUUGCACCGAAGUCCAGCAGGUGUUUUGGAUAAGAAGCACGUUAAACAUAUUAUUGGAAGUGUUGAUUUAGCUGAUACAUUACCAACUAGAAACAAAACAUCAUCAAUAGAAAUGUUAGUUGGUAACGACUAUUAUUUGGAUUUUAUUCUGUGUCAAAAGAUCGAACUAAAUCCUGGUCUGUUCCUUCUUGGGUCUAAGUUAGGAUGGAUCCUUACCGGAAUAACCUUUGAUCAAGAUAGCGAUGGCCCAUGUAUGCUUAUUCUAACGCAUGGUAAUAAUGCAACAAAUACAAGUUUAUUUGCCGAUGUGGAUAGUAUUGUACCUGUGAAACCAAAUUUAGAAGACUUUUGGAAUGUGGAGUCAAUAGGCAUUAUAGAAAAACAAAAAAUUUCAGAUGAUGAACAUGCAAUGAAAAUGUUUCAGGAUACAGUUCAGUUUAUAAAUGGCCGAUACCAAGUCACGUGGCCUUGGACUGAAGAAUUUCCUGAUUUACCUGUAAACAGGGACUUGGCAAUAGGUCGCUUAAAAAGAUGUGUUAAUAAACUAAAAACAAAACCUCAGUUAAUGAUGAAAUAUGAUGAAGUUAUGAGAGAUCAGCUAAGUAAAGGUGUUAUAGAGAAAGUUGAAAAAUCACCAGUAGAUGGUUUGGUACAUUAUUUGCCACACCAUGCUAUUAUCACACCACAGAAAACAACAACUAAGAUACGCGUAGUAUACGAUGCUUCGGCGAGAACAAGAAAAUAA